AUGUCUGGUUUUGAUAUUACAAUUAUUAUUCAUGGCGACAAAAAAGGACAAUUACCUAAACCUUUUAAUAAUCGUCCUGGACCUGAAUCGUUGGCUGCUAAAGUCUGGAAUGCAGUAAGAAAUGAUGGCACUCCUGACGAAGAGAAAUUUUUAGGUAUAACUACUCGCAAAGUAAAAAAUCUUCAAACUCGGGAUCAAUUCAAUCUGUGGCGUAAUAAUAUUAUCACAAUGUAUAAAAAAGAAAAAAACUUUGAUAUGCUCUACCUCUAUCAAAAAAGAUAUGAAUAUGAAGAAUAUUAUAUUCCGGGUGAUUGGAUAAGUUUCAAGAAACAUCAACUACAACAAAGAUUGAGAAAUCAUGUUGACAAGUUGUUCAUUGAACGAGGUUAUAAAAUUGUCUGGGGAAGUUGGGAUACGUUGCUGAAAUGUAUCAAAAAUCCAGAUGAUAAUUAUAUUAUUGAUAACUAA